AUGCAGCCCGCCGCCGACAACUCGGACACCAUGGUGGGCUCGUUCCGAAGGAUGAACCAGAUUGGCAAGGGUAGCUUCGCGACCGUCUACAAGGGCGUCCACAUCAAGAAGCGGGAGCUCGUCGUGGCCAUCAAGUCGGUCGACACGACCAAGCUCAACAAGAAGCUCAAGGACAAUCUCUCGACCGAAAUUCAAAUCCUCCGCAAUCUGACCCAUCCGCACAUCGUCGCGCUCAUCGACUGCAAGGAGGUACCCAAGUACAUACACAUCGUGACCGAGUUCUGCGAGCUUGGGGAUCUCUCGAGCUUCAUCAAGAAGCGAGCAACCCUUGCAGAUCACCCCGCAACCGCACACAUGAUGAAGAAGUAUCCCAACCCUUCGGUCGGCGGUCUCAACGAGGUUCUUUGCCGCCACUUCCUCAAGCAGAUCGCGAGCGCACUCGAAUUCAUCCACGCCAAAAACUACGUGCACCGCGACCUGAAGCCGCAGAACCUCCUUCUCAACCCCUCGCCGCUGUACUAUCAGACUUAUCGCCCGAACGAGGUCCCCUAUGCUGCUGCGGCUGAUUCCAUGGUCCCGGCCGUGGGUAUCGCCUCCCUGCCAAUGCUCAAGGUGGCCGACUUUGGAUUCGCUCGCUUUCUCCCCAAAUCGUCUCUCGCGGAAACGCUGUGUGGCUCUCCUCUUUACAUGGCUCCGGAGAUUCUUCGCUAUGAGAAGUACGAUGCAAAGGCUGACCUGUGGUCCACCGGAACCGUCCUGCACGAGAUGCUCGUCGGAAAGCCCCCGUUCCGUGCGUCGAACCACGUCGAGCUGCUUCGUCGUAUCGAAAAGCAGGAUGACAAGAUCAGCUUUGGUGAUAUUCCGAUCAGCAGAGACAUGAAAAACAUCGUACGAGCUCUCCUGAAGAAAACCCCAACAGAAAGAAUCUCUCAUGAGAAGUUCUUUUGUGACGUGGUCAUCGCCGGCGAUAUUCCCAACUUGCACCCUGAAGAUGCAGCCCAGGGCUCCAUUCAUGAGGCUCUGGGACGAUCGGGUGACGAGAGACGUGCUCCAAUCAGCGAGCAAGUUGCUACGCCUCAACCCACGGAAAUGGAGAUGACACCCAGGCCCAGAGUUGCUUCAGGAACCACCCCGCCCCAUCGUCCCUCACCCCGCCCCACCCCUGCGGGACCAUCAUCAUCCAACCAACACGUCAGACGCGUCAGCAACACUGCUGCCCAGAUUCAAGAUCGUCCGCCCUCUUCACAUGCAGAGCGCCGUCCUACGGUAACACACCACGCUACUGCUCCUGCUAGAGCACCUCUAGUUCAGGAACGGCCCACUGCAGCAGCUGUCACCAUGACCAGACGAAGCAGUCGUCAUUCGCCGUCACCAAGCUCUUCAGCCCUCCGAGAACACUUUGACACACAACGCAACCCUCAAAGGUCUGAUGAAAGGGCAGCUCGAGAUGCAAAGGAACGUGCUGCCCAGGACAUUGCCUUUGAGCGUGACUACGUUCUCGUGGAAAAGCGAACCGUUGAAGUGAAUGCAUUUGCUGAUGAAUUGGCGGCCAGCCCUCAAUUCAGCAGGGACCAUCCAACCCAGCAAGGAACAAUGGUCCGGCGGGCAACAACGCAGGGUACGCCUACGGCCACGACUGGUGCUCAAAACAAUAGUUCCCGCGCAAUCCAGAUUGCGACGGGCAGGCGUCCCGAACCACUUCAUCAUAGGAACAGCUCCUACGAAAGGCGUUAUGCGGCUAGCCCGGGUUCUGCCACCUCAGCCAUCUCCAAAGCUCUCAACAUGGCCAGCUACAGAAUUUUUGGCACCGGUGCUUCUCCUCCAGGCCGUGGCCCUUCGCCACCGAAAGGCUACACGCAAUUCCCCAUGUAUCCGACGGCGCAAAGCAGCACGCUGGUCGUUGGAGAUGGGGGCAAAACGACCAGCGACAAGCCGAGGGACAAGGAUGUGAGGGUUCUUGAAGUUGUGGAAGAGCUCGCUCAACGCAGCCAUGUCAUCUACGGUUUCGCCGAGGUCAAGUACAGACAAUUGCUUCCCCCUCCUCCCAGUGACCAUGGACUGGGCAUCCAAGCAGCUCACCCGCGAACCGAUGAUGAAGAGGAUACUUUGGAUGAAGACCUGACGACAGAUGCGAUAUUGGCAAUCUCAGAGGAGGCGCUGGUCCUUUAUGUCAAGGCUUUGGCUCUCUUGGCAAAGUCAAUCGAUCUUGCGGGCAGCUGGUGGGGCCAACGCCACCGUGGAGAAGUCAUCGGCGACAGCAAUACGUCACGGACUUCUGGAAACACGAACGUCGCAGCGGUCGGCACGAAAAUGAACCAGAUCGUGCAGUGGGUGCGCACACGCUUCAAUGAGUGUGUGGAAAAGUCGGAGUUCGUGGGGCGCAAGCUUCUCGAGGCUCAGAAGAUGCUGCCGCCCGAUCACCCUGCUCACCCCAACAACUUGCCGUCCAACUCGACUUCGAUCACGAGCGCGGGCACUUCGGUGGAGAACAUUCAUCUCCCCACUGGCAUCACGGCGGAGAAACUCAUGUACGACAGAGCCAUUGAAAUGAGCCGAGCCGCAGCUGUUAAUGAGCUGGUGGGCGAGGAUCUCCCCGGUUGCGAGCUCAACUACAGCACGGCAAUCCGCAUGCUCGAAGCCAUCUUCGAGAGCGAAGAAGAGAUGCUGGGCCGUAAAUCUGGCGGCAGGAAGCAAGAAGAGGAUGUCAUUCAAGGGCUGGAGGAGGAAGACAGGGCGUCAGUUCUGAAGUUGAUCGAGAGCAUGAGAGCCAGACUCAAAGCACUUCGCAAGAAGAUCGAGAUCCAGAAAUCGCAGAAGCGAGCUUCACUGACAGGACCCGGCAGAAGCUCGCCAUCAACAACGCCUGUGGUAGCUAGCGCAUCACCUCGCUGA